GAUGGAUCGCUGGAGGGGCAGAGUGGCUCUGGUGACCGGAGCCUCGGUGGGGAUCGGGGCGGCCGUAGCCAAAGAGCUGGUCCGCUGCGGGAUGAAGGUGGUGGGCUGCGCCAGGAACGUGGACAAAAUCCAGGAACUGGCAGAGGAGUGUAAGAAAGCAGGCUACAGCGGUGUUUUAGUGCCGAUCAAAUGUGACUUAACCAAAGAGGAGGAGAUUCUGUCCAUGUUUGCAACCAUCAAAGAGCAGCACAAAGGUGUGGAUGUUUGCAUCAACAACGCUGGACUGAUGCUUCCGGAGCCGUUAUUAAGCGGUAAAACCAGCAACUGGAGGAACAUGCUGGAUCUAAAUGUUAUUGGGUUGUCCAUCUGUGCACGUGAAGCCUAUCAGUCGAUGAAGAAAAGAAAUGUUGAUGACGGCCACAUCAUCAACCUCAACAGUGUUGUUGGACAUUCUGUAUAUCCUUUUAGUGAAGGACAUUUCUACACUGGCACCAAGUUUGCAGUGACCGCCCUGACUGAGGGCCUGAGGCAGGAGCUGCGUGAAGCCAAGAGCCACAUCCGAGCCACAAGUAUUUCUCCGGGUGUUGUGGAGACUGAAUUUGCUUAUCGAGCCUACAGCCAAGAACCAGAAAAGGCUAAAAUGCUGUACUCUCAACAUAAGAAUCUGUCUGGAAGGGACAUUGCAGAGACUGUUUUGUACGUCCUCGGUGCUCCUCCACAUGUGCAGAUUGGAGAACUCACGGUCGCUCCUGUGGAAUCUGCAUUCCAGUGAUGUAGUGUGUGACAGCUGACAAAUUCUUCAUGUGAAUACUUCACUGCAGCUAUGAAAGUAAUAAUUUCAUAUUAUCGUGGACUCACUUUGGUCAAACAAUUGAAACACUAAAUUGCUCUUCUUCAUACAAUAAAAUGACUGAAACAUUAAA